AUGUCAUCUAAACGCGCAAAAAGCAGCCAAUCACUAUCCGUCGCAGUUUCGCAGUUUCGCACAAUAAGAUGGUGCAAGAUGCUAAGAAAACCAGCCAACGAGAGUGUCUCAAAAGACUCGACCAUUAUCCACUUUAUAUGCAGCCGCCAGUCAAUGCCCAACCAAGGGAUGUGGACACUUUUCUUUUCGUUCUUCCAACGGGGGGAAAUGAGGCGACCCCACAGGCUGAGUCGGUGA